UAUCUAUGAAGCCAAUCUUUGUUGGUCUGACUAAUAUUAUCAAUUGAAUUUAAAAAAAGAAUGAACAUUAUUCAUGAUUUUUUUGUGUUUUUUCUUGUAGAUGAUGACUUCAAUGAACUAAGUUAAACAAAUACUUAUUCAUUCGUCGAUUGAAUCGAUUUGCCAAAAAAAAAAGACGAACGAAAGACAACAAACAAAUCUAAAUGUAUACCAAUAUAAAAAUGAUUGAAUUGUCGUUAGAAUAAUAUGUCAAUGAACAAACACAGGCAUAUAUGUUAUUGAAAAAGGAAUUACAAAUAAAAACAAUUUCAAGUGUAUUUUUCAAUAGAUUUUCAUUUACCUGAUUUAUUAAUGUAAGUUUUUUUGAUUUAAAUCAAUGCCAAUCAUUGUUUUUUAUUAUUUUAGAACAAAAAGAAAGCAAAAUAUUAAUUAACGAUGAUGAAUCAGUUGAAAUGUUAUAUUCAAAAUUAUGUCUUGAUUUAAAUAUGGAUAUGGAACUAAACUUAGAUGCAUGGCGUUCAUAUGAACAUAUUCGUAAUUAUUAUGUGUUAGAAGGCGAUCAAUUACAUUGCAUACUUUAUUUUAAAAUACUUGUUAAAAUUCUUUAA